ACAUCUUUUUGCAUACCAUUCCCAACAUCGCGUUCGAUUAAAAAUAAAAAAACCUUUUUUUUUUUUUUGUUUUUUUAUUUUUAAUUUGAUUUGAGAAUUCCUCAGAUCUUCGGUAAUACUGAAAUCUACUGCGAAUUGUAGCCAAAUCUCCGUUCUAUAUUAUUGGUAUUAUUAUUAUUAUUAUUAUUAUUAUUUGUUAAUGUGCUGCUGCUUUUGUGCUCAAAAAGAGAGACCCAUUUCAAAAUUUUUCUUUGCCGGAUCUGUCGGUGGAACUUUGGGGUUUUGAUUUUAUGUUGAGGAGCUGUAUUGGGUCUAAAGGGAGAUGUUUAGAAAUGGGUUUCACUUAGAUUUCAAUAAGAGAUGGAUUUUAUAUUGAAUUUGAGGGCAACAAGUUUGAUAAGCUCUAGUUUUUGUAUUAGAUUGAGUGUGUUUGAUAGGACUUGAUUUGUAGUUGUUCUGUGAAGCAUAAAAAAGAGAGGGUAUUUGUUUUCUGGGUGUGUUUUGGGAUUAGAAGUGAUUUAUUUUGGUUUUUUGGAAGAUUUGGGAAGUAACAACAUGUUUUGGAGGGACCGUGAAAGGGAUACCAAAGAACAAAACGGAGGGCCUCCUUGUGGCCAGGUUCGGGUUCUUGUUGUUGGUGACUCAGACAUUGAUCUUUUGGUAGGUGUUGGGAAAUCAUCUCUUGUAAAUCUAAUCAUCAAAGGUUCUGCCAUUGCUCGCCCUUCUCAAACAAUUGGGUGUACGGUUGGUGUAAAGCACACUUCUUAUGGAAACUCCGGUAGCUCUUCAAGCAGCUUAAAAGGUGAUGGCGAGAGAGAUUUUUUUAUUGAACUUUGGGAUGUGUCAGGACAUGACAGAUACAAAGAUUGUCGGUCUCUUUUUUAUUCACAAAUUAAUGGUGUAAUUUUUGUUCAUGACCUCUCCCAAAGAAGGACGAAAACUAGCUUGCAGAAGUGGGCUGCUGAGAUUGCUGCAACUGGGACAUUUUCAGCUCCUCUAGGAUCUGGAGGCCCUGGGGGCCUUCCUGUCCCAUAUAUUGUUAUUGGUAACAAAGCUGAUAUUGCUGCAAAAGAGGGUACAAGAGGAAGUAGUGGAAAUCUUGUUGAUGCAGCUCGCCAAUGGGUUGAAAAGCAAGGUUUGCUUUCAUCCAGUGAGGAGCUUCCACUAACUGAGAGUUUUCCUGGCUCUGGAGGACUUCUUGCGGCUGCAAAAGAAGCAAGAUACGACAAGGAAGCUGUGACGAAAUUCUUCCGAAUGUUAAUCAGGAGAAGGUAUUUUUCAGAUGAUUUACCUGCAUCAAAUCCAUGGUCUGUUUCUCCAGUUGAAAGACCUGUACAGCGCUUGGAUGAAAAUUCAAGUGAUGAUGAUCAAUCUUACAAGAAGACGAGUUUCCGUGGAGACCCCUAUAAGUACAACAUGCUCCCUCCUCUACCAGCGCAACGGAAUCUCACACCACCUCCCACACUCUAUCCUCAGCAGCCAGUUUCGGUUUCUGAAAACUAUACCUUGCCUAGAUUUGCAAUAAAUGGUUCUGCAGAAAUCAGCAGUGCUGCAAGAUCGAAACGCUCAGAUAUUAAUGUCUAGUGGUCUCCACCAUUGGUUAUUGUUACAGCAAAGAAUGCAUUUUUGGAUAGAGGUAUAUUGUUGAUAUGUGCUGCUCGAGAAAGUUUUGUUAUUUUUUCACUUGGAAAUUGCUUCACUCAUUCUUUUAUAUCUACAAGCUCACCUAUAUAUGUAAGUGGUUAUGGGGUUUGGUUUAAAUGUAUAAUGAUUUAUUUGUUCUACUACUUGUAAGCCAUGGGCAAUUCUUUUAAUCAGUAGUUUCUCUCUUGUUUAUCUUCCUUUUCCGUAAUUUUUGUAGUAGAAAAGGGAAAGUUUGUUAGCAUUGAGUGAAAGAAGUCACCAUGGAUAGUUUACACUGAAGACUGAACUAUUUGUUAUUCUUUUAAUAAAGCUCUCUUUUCCAUUAA